GCUGCACCUGCACCGCUGCACGCUCGCUCACGCAGGUCACCGAUGCUGCUCAUGGACUCGGCGCGCCGCGCCGGCUGCUCCCCGGUCUGCUUGGACCUCAUCGUCGGCCUUUCUCCGUCGAGCGACCCAGAAACGACAGCUGACAGUCAGAGACUGGAACUGGACCGUCCCGCCGCUGGCUGCAGGGCGACAUCGUCCUUGUCUGACGAGCAGGCGAGGACCCUGGAGGCCAGGCUCACCCAGGUCAGCGAGGAGAACCGGCGGCUCACCGAGACGAUCGCCUACCUGUACAGCACCACGCCACCACCACCACGCAGCGGCAGGAAGAAGAGCAGGGACAGCCUGGAGGCGCCGUCGAACUCGAGCGACGGCGGCAAGACCACCGACCAUGCCGACGAGGCCACGUGCAGGCGGGUCAAGGUCGCCAGGGCCAGGGUCUGCACCCGGAUCGACCCCUCCGACGCCACCACCCUCGCCGUCAAAGACGGCUACCAGUGGCGCAAGUACGGCCAGAAGGUGACGCGCGACAACCCGUCCCCGAGAGCCUACUUCCGCUGCGCGUACGGACCCUCCUGCCCCGUGAAGAAGAAGGUGCAGAGGAGCGCGGAGGACAGCUCCGUGCUGGUGGCCACGUACGAGGGCGAGCACAACCACCCGUGCCCAACGCGCGCCGGCGACCUCCCCAGCUCUGCAACGGCGAGCGGGUCCGUGCCGCGCUCCAUCUCUAACUCCAUCAACUCCUCCGGCCCGGCCAUCACGCUGGACCUCACCAUGAACGGAGCGGGCGGCGUGCGGGUGCUCGAGGGCGCCGAGGCGCCCGACCUCAGGAAGCUGUGCCAGGAGAUCGCGUCGCCGGAUUUCCGGACAGCGCUGGUGGAGCAGAUGGCGCGCUCGCUCACCAAGGACUGCAAGUUCACCGACGCGCUGGCUGCCGCGAUCCUGCAACAGCUGCCGGGGUACUAGUGUGUACCGUUUCCCGCGCACCAGUACUUGUCCGUCUUCAAAGAACGGUUCUUUCGUCAAAAAAACAUUGGUAGGAACAGUUUUACAUUUAGGUCUUGUUCGUUUACGUCGGAUUGGUGGGUCGGAACAAUUCCGAGCCGGAUUGCUUCUCUAAUUUAUAUAAACUUUAAUUAACCGGAACGAUUCCGGGUGCAAUCCGAUGUAAACGAACAAGGCCUUAGGUUUUGUUCGUCCGGUUAGGAAUCGUUCCAACUCACUAAUCCGACACAAACAAAUAAGGUUUACUGAGAUUAGAGCCAAAUCUCCCCUCACGUUUGUAUGCAUAAUUUGAAGUUUCUUUCUUCUGGUUAUAGUGAUCUGAACUGGAACUGUAUAUCAUAUCUCGCAUGUCCAUAGACCAUAAUUCCAUCACGAAUCUAAAUAAGGGCCAUAUUGUCA